UUGUUAUACGAUCCAAAAAUUUUAUUGAAGAAAUAAUAUAUUUUGAAUUUGAUAUAUUUAAAAUAAAUGAAUUUACAUUUUAAGGUGUAUUUUAAUUUUGAUAAUGAAUUAAUUAUCAAAAGAUUUUCGUUAAUCAAAGAAAAUGCUGAAAGCUUUGAGACUGUCAAAAGUGCAAUAGAAAAUUUAACUAAAAAUCUUAUUAAAUCGAUAAAAUAUAGAGAUGAUGAAGGUGAUAUGAUAACUCUUUCAUCUGAUGAUGAAAUUAAGGAAGCCAUUCUUUUAAAUAGAGAUCAUGUAAUGAAAUUGUAUGUAGAAGGUGAAAAAGUGAUUGAAAUUAAUGUGUCUCAAACUUAUUGCAUGGAUAAUAUAAAUUCUUUAAACCAAAAAGAUAAUUUUUCUGAUGUUAAAUUAAUUAAUGAAAAAACUAAAAUUAAAUGUGAUUACUCUGAAAAAAAUAAUGAAAUUUAUCAUCCUAAUAUUAUUUGUGAUGGAUGUGAAGGCUAUAUUUAUGGGCCACGAUUUAAAUGUUCUGUUUGCUAUGAUUAUGAUUUAUGCUCUACAUGUGAGUCUAAUGGCAAACAUACACAGAAUCAUUUAAUGCUUAAGAUUAACAAACCAACAAACAUUACAAGUUCUGACCUAUAUACACAUAUUUUAGAUUACAAUCUAAAAUCUAAUAAAACUGACAACAAAAGAUCUAGCACUUUUACCUGUUCAACAUCUUCCACAAAUAAUGGCAAAAAUUACUGCAAUAAUACUGCAUCAUCAUGCAAAAGAAAUAGUUAUGAUAAUAAUCAAAAUUUAUAUGAUUUUGGUUCCCUUUUGGGUGGAUUUGAUAAGUUUUCAAAAAAUGGGUUACCUCAUCAAAAUCAGAAAACAUUUGUUCCACCACCUCCCCCACCUCCACCUUUCCCAUUUACAUGCCCUUUUACAUCUGGUUCUUUUAAUUUGCCUAAUUUUAACCUAAAUGGUAAUUUUAAUGCAGGCAGGCAACAAAGAAAUAAUGAUUUUAAUGAUACCUUUACACAAGGCUUUAAUAAAAAUGGUGGCAAUUUCUUUUGGAGUAGUCUGAUGAGAAGUGUUGGUCAGAGCAUCAAUACUCUCUUUGAUCCUUUAGGUAUGGAUGUUCAUGUGGAUAUAGCAUCUCCAAAUAAAGAUUCUGGUCCAAUUUUUUCUAGUAAUAUCAAUAUAAAUUCUACAUCAUUUGAUAAAAAAUCUCCUGCUUCUCCUGAUAAAAAUAACCUUGAUAGGGAUGAAUCAGCAACUGAAGCUAAGGAAAAUGAUAUCAAACAGGAUAAUGGAUACCAACCUAAUAAAAAUCCUAUAUUUAAUCCCUUUGAUUAUAUUAAAAAUGUCACUGACAUAAUUAUUCCUAACAUAAAAAUCAAUAUAAAUGGUCAAAAUAUAAAUCCUUGUGACACAUCAUCCAUCAAUCUAGGUUCAGCUGAAACUAAUAUCAAUACUGUAGAAGAAUCUAAAUCUACAAAUCAAGAAACUUUGCCUAAUAUAAAUAUUGACCAAGAAUCUUAUACUAAACCUGAUAUAUAUAAUUUAGAAAAUAUUAAAUCUGAAGUUAAAGAUAUUAUAGAUGAUGGUGAAGUAUCACACAAAGAGAAAGAUAAGACAAAAGAUAAUAAAGCUACAAUUUUAGAAGAUGAAACCUCAAAAAUAACAAUGACUGAGGAUUAUGUUGAAGGUUCGGAAGAUGAUGAAAUGGAUAUCAUUGAAAAAUAUAACGAUUACAUUGAUAUACAUGAGGAAGCUCUUAAAGAAUACAACUCCUGGCACAUGGUGAACAAAGAAGAAAUUUUGAACUCGACCUCAAUCCCACUUCCCUCAUCAUCAUCCAGUGUCAACUUACUCUCCAACUCAUUAUCUAGAUCGGCUAUCUCUACCACUCAGCAACAAGAGGGACACAAAGAAGUUACAGAACCUGCUGUUUUAGCAGAAGAGGACCUUCCUACUGAAACUCCUAAAAAACAAUUGCACGAAAAUAACUAUUAUCACUCAUCAAUAACCGACAAUGAUUUGGAUAAAAAUUCUGAUACCAAAGCCGCAUUAGAUAAAGCCCUCAAGCAAUUAGAAUCCAUGGGGUACGUUAAUGAAGGCGAGUGGUUAACACAGUUGCUUAGGAUGAAGCAGUAUGAUAUUCACAAAGUAUUGGACAUUAUUCAUCCUUAUUAAUAAAAUUAUUAUUCAGAAAAAUUUUAAAAUAUAAAUGUUUUUUUGUUCUCAAAUAUAUUUAAUCAUAUUUUUUUUGUAGUUAACAAAAAAAUCUAGUAGUAGAUUUAGACAAAAUUUAGUAGCUAUCAAUAAUAUUAAAAAUUUAUAUAAUUAUCCUUUAUUAGAUGAUAAUUGCAUCAAAUAUAAAUAUGAUAAUGUAAUCCCAUUAAACCUUUUCACUUUUAUCAUUUAUUUUUUGGUCCCUUCUUAGGGAUUUUAUUUAUUUUUUAAAAUCCUAAUUUGUAUUGUGUUAUAUCAUAUAAAACUAUGCCUAUUUAUAUUUAUUAAAAAAACAUAUAGUCACUACCUUAUUUUUUAUUCUUACCUUAUUUUAAAAUGUUAAUAUAUUUAAAUCUGAUAUCAAAUAUAAUAUAUAAAAACCAAUUUAUAAAUCUAUUAUUUUAUAAUUCUGAUUUAUAUUUUUAAAAAUAUUUUAAUAUAUAAAAUAUCGUCAAAAUAAAUCUUUUUAAAAUUUUA